UACUGUACUUAUCCUUUAUUUUACAUUUAUAUUUACUCUUCUUUUUCUCUAUCUGUCCUUCUCAUGCCCAGAAACUGUCUCUCUCUCUCUUUCUCUCACUCACUCUUUUUCGUCUGUCAAUUUGCUUUUUUUUUUUUUCUUCUUUUUUUGAAAAAAUAAAAAGAAAAACUUUAAUCAUACGACAAGGAUCGGAGUAUUUAUAAAUGAGUUGCCUCUGAUAAAUAAUGGUGAAUUGAAGCAGUAGUAGUGAGAGUGGCAGAUGUAACACUACUUAUAAAUAUUAAUAAUCUUCUACUACUACUAUACUGGUGGUAGUAUUUUCAAAAGUGGUACAUAUUACUAGCUCCUACCUUAAUAAUAACAACAAUAAUACUCGAUUUCGAUUUCGAAAGAUAAAUCUCAUCAUCUUCUACACAAAUGAGUGAUCCAGCUUAUUGCAAUUCCAAUAUGUUCACCAAAUGUUUCAACUUCAUCCCUCUUCAUAAUCACACUACUACUGCUGCUACUCAUUCUACUACUACUUCUACUAAACCUAUUUCACUUCCCAAUUCUUAUUUCCUUAACAAUGCUACCACUACUACUAAUUACCCUCUUCCAUCUUCUAAUUAUUGCAAUAAUAAUAAUGGUGGUUUCGACUUGAAUACAACUACUAGUACAACUACAACUGAUAAUGAAAUUACCUUGAACAACAAUAUGUAUGAUUCUCAUCAUCAAAUUCCUUUCCCUUCAAAAGAGGCUCUUCCACUCCUCAACACCCUAAUUGGGCCUUCAACACUUAGCACCCAUUAUCAUCAUGGAAAUAAUGAGAUGGUGUUAUCCGGGUCCGGCAGUAAGGACACCGAGAGCCCUAAAUUCUCAACCACUAGUACAACAGACGACGAUGAGAGCGUCACAGUGGCACUUCACAUAGGGCUUCCUACACAGCCCUCUUGUGUAGAUCAGAAAGAUGAAGAUGCAGAAAUGGGUUCAGAUGCAGAUGAUGGUUCAGUACCUAAAACAACCCAGCAAUUCCAACAAGUCCAAGGUCAAGGCAUACAGUAUUGGAUACCUACCCCUUCUCAGAUACUUAUUGGUCCUACCCAAUUUUCUUGUCCUCUUUGUUCCAAAUCCUUCAACAGGUUUAACAAUCUCCAGAUGCACAUGUGGGGGCAUGGUUCUCAAUACAGAAGAGGGCCAGAAUCACUGAAGGGUGCCCAACCAACACCCAUGCUAAGACUCCCAUGCUAUUGUUGUGCACCUGGAUGCAAGCAUAACAUAGAGCACCCAAGAUCGCGGCCUCUCAAGGAUUUCAGAACCUUGCAAACACACUACAAAAGGAAGCAUGGCGUGAAACCAUUCACGUGCAGGAAAUGCAGCAAGGCAUUCGCCGUGAAAGGGGACUGGAGAACCCACGAAAAGAACUGUGGAAGGGUAUGGUAUUGCGUUUGUGGCUCCGAUUUUAAGCACAAGAGGUCUUUAAAAGACCAUAUUAAGGCCUUUGGUCAUGGUCAUUUUGCCUUUGGAGUUAAUGGAUUGGAAGAAUGCUUGGACGAACCUCAUGCUUCCGAUGCUGAUUCUAGCUUAUGAUUGACGUUAUUGAUACAUAUUUACUUGAGUUUUUUUUUUUUUUUUUCUUCCUGUUUUCUUCUUCAAUCAUUAUUGAUUUUGUGUAGUAUAUGCUGUAAAAUUUGCGUUGUUAUUUCUGGCUUUGUUUACUCUCUAAUUGCUGCAGAUUGCCCUUGAUUUAUUUUCUUGAAAAAAAAGGAAAUUUAGUACUUGUGAAGUUGUGAUGUCCUAACAAUAGAUUUCUGGCCAAUAGCUAAAGCAUAAUGAGGUACAAAUACAUAGUUUGACAGGGUUACAACACUUGGCAAUGUUAAUAGUAUUCAAUGAGAGGGAUCUAUCCAUAUACAAGUGGUAUAGGUUUAUGCCAUGCCAUGACAUCAAAGUUGACGUUAAAGGCAUGGUAACUACUAUUACUUUGGAUUGCCGUUGAUGAGCCAAAAAAAUAUUUUUUCAAUUGAUGUUUGGCUGCAAUGCUGCAUGUCAAAUAGAGGUCAGCAAAAAAUCAAGGUGCUAAAAAUUAGAAAAUCUCCUUUCUAAAUCUAUUG